UUCACAUGGGGUUUGUUGAGAAGAAAGAAAAGAAAAGACAUUUGAAAACCUCCUUAGCCAAUGCCCAUGAGACUCUACCUUCUGUUUGUGGAGUGCUAUAAAGAUAGCUCUGAGUAUACAGACGGUGAGAAUUCCAAAGCAGAACCCAGACAGUGAAACCCUUUUGUGUGUGAAGUUGAGACAGUUAAGAGAGUGAAGACACAUGUAGACUUACUUACAAAGGAAGGUAAAACAACAAAAUGGCUGUGUUGGGACUAGAGAUCUUGGGAAUGAUCCUGGCUGUCCUGGGUUGGAUAUUAAGCAUCGUGUCCUGCGCCCUGCCCAUGUGGAGGGUGUCUGCUUUCAUCGGGGUCAACAUCAUCACAGCUCAGACCAUGUGGGAGGGCAUCUGGAUGACCUGUGUGGUGCAGAGCACGGGCCAAAUGCAGUGUAAGGUCUACGACUCCAUGCUAGCCCUCAGCUCCGACCUGCAGGCAGCCCGAGCCCUCACAAUCAUCUCUAUAGUUGUGGGCAUCAUGGGGGUGCUGGUGGCCGUGGUGGGGGCUAAGUGUACCAACUGUGUUGAGGACGAGACGGCCAAGGCCCAGGUGAUGAUCGCAGCCAGGGUGGCCUUCAUCGUAGCAUCCCUGACCCAGCUGAUCCCUGUGUCCUGGUCAGCCAACAGAAUCAUCAUGGAUUUCUAUAGUCCCAUCACUCCUGAGGCUCAGAAAAGGGAGAGAAUUACCACCAUGUCUGCAGGGUUGGAGUUAGUGGGGAUCGCUCUGUGCGUAUUAGGAUGGAUCAUUGCCAUCGUGUCCUGCACCCUGCCCAUGUGGCGAGUAACAGCCUUCAUCGGCAGCAACAUCGUCACGGCUCAGAUCAUCUGGGAGGGUCUGUGGAUGACCUGUGUGGUCCAGAGCACAGGCCAGAUGCAGUGUAAGGUCUAUGACUCCAUGCUGGCUCUCUCCCAGGACCUCCAGGCCGCCAGGGCUCUCACAGUCAUCUCCAUCCUCCUGGCCAUCCUGGCCGUGCUCAUCGCCAUCGCCGGCGCCAAGUGCACCAACUGCAUCGAGGACGAGGCAUCCAAAGCUAAAGUCAUGAUAAUCUCUGGGGUGUUCUUCAUCGUGUCAGGAGUCAUGCAGCUGAUCCCAGUGUCCUGGUCGGCCAACACUAUCAUCCGGGACUUUUACAACCCGCUGCUGACUGAUGCACAGCGCAGAGAGCUAGGGGCAGCGCUCUACAUUGGCUGGGGGGCCUCAGCCCUCAUGAUCCUCGGGGGAAGCCUCCUCUGCUACUCCUGUCCCCCUAGGAAGUACAAGCCCUCACAGAUGGCAUACUCUGCCCCAGGCUCUGCCCCAGGUGGGCCUGGGUUCCAGAGAAAAUACUAUGUGUGAUGGGACAAUGGAUGGGACAAGGACUAUUUAUGUAACAACCAAAAAUGUUAUUCUACACCUGUUUCUAAUGGUGUGUCUAAGAAAGGGCUUCAUGAAUGAAGGAGACUCCGUGAUGAAGGGAUGUGUUUUAUCAUUGUUUUGUUGGAUUUGUCUAUGUGUGUACAGUAUUUGUCUCUGUAUUAUCUCUUCUGAAAGGAAAGCAUAGAAGUUCUGUCUGUGUCAGAAAACAUUUGAGAAGGAUCAUGUACUUUCCAUUUGGGUUUAGUGAGAACAAAGGAAAUUAAGAAUAAGAUCAGUAGUUAUUAAAUGUUUUAAGUAUUAAAAAGUUUUAAGUGUUGAAUUAUUGGUGAGCUAUGCAUAUUCAUUGAAAUUAUAUCAAGCUCAUUUAAAAACAUUCACAAGCCUCAUAUAAAUAUUUACAUAAUGUUUGUACUUUAAUGAAUAUUUGUCUCUAAGAUGUUAGUCAUUGAGUCCAUUUAUAUAUUAAAUCACUAACACUGAAUUAUUUUCCUAGCUUCAGGCAACUACGCUACAUCAAAUAAUACCUUGUAGAAUAUUCAUUCAUUAUCUUCUCAUUGACAUUUCUCUAUGUUUUUGGCUCAUAUAAAUGAGGCACUGCUUAGGCUUCAGAAACUAAGGAACACUGUUAAAAAGACAACAUUUGACUGAUGCUUUCACAAAAGAUAGGUUUUUCUUUUACUGCAAGAAUACAGUAGAGUACAAAAUCAGUAUGUACACAUCGUUUUUUAAGGAGCUAUGUUUGUUUUUAUGUAGGAUUUUUUUUAUGUUGGGAAAUGUUGUACAUUUUUUCCCAAAUAAUUUGUGAGUGAGAUGCAUUCGUUUGAUGGUGAUGUUCUAUCAUCAGUGUUAAGGGUGUGAUUGUGUGAUGUACUCAACUGUUUGGACCCCAGCAAGAGUAGCGGCUGCCUAGGCAGCAGCUAAUUGGGAUCCAAAUAAAAUACUAAAUACUACUAACA